AUGGACCCUUCAGAAUACAUUGACGUAAACUUGACGCAAGCGGACCUGCUAGUUCUAAAGGAACUUCUGCAAGAAUCAGAUCAGAGGGGAAGUAUUUCCAGGGAACAAGUGGUAGCACAAAGGAGUACAACGAGCAAGAAACUUGCAGCUCUAAAUGACCCAUCUUCACCUGACUUUGAUCCUACUGUCUUCGUCAGCUUGGAUCUGAAGGAUCUUCAGAAUUCACUGCCUUCUUGGGUGGAUAAAUGGGUCUUGAAGCCAUACAUCAAGCUUGCGAGGAAUGUUGUCCGUAUAGAAACGGAUGUGGUGAUGCUCACUCAUCUUCUAUUAUAUUUCACUACCUCUCUACCUAGUGCACUCAUCCUAUUCCACCACUUUACCUGGGUCCAUGGUUUCCUCCAUUGGGUCAUGCAGUCCUACUAUGUAGGCACCUAUACUCUGAUGAUGCACCAACAUAUCCACAUGGGAGGGAUUUUGAAACGCAGGUUCCAGUGGUUCGACCAACUAUUUCCCUACAUCACCGACCCUCUCUUGGGCCAUACAUGGAAUUCUUAUUAUUACCAUCAUGUGAAGCAUCAUCACGUCGAGGCCAACGGACCCAAUGAUCUUUCUUCAACGAUCAGAUAUCAACGUGACGAAUUGUUGGAUUUCUUCUGUUACUUCAGCCGGUUUUUCUUCUGUAUAUGGUGGGAGCUACCUCUACACUUCCUGCGCAAGGGGAAUAUCCGCUUCGCACUUAAGUGUUGUAUCUGGGAGCUUCUCAACUAUGCAUUCGUGUUCCUUCUAUGGAAGCACGUUGGCUGGAAACCCACACUUUUUGUCUUUCUUCUCCCGCUGCUGCAACUGCGGGUUGGGUUGAUGGUGGGCAACUGGGGCCAGCACGCAUUUGUGGAUGAAAAUGACCCCAACUCCGAUUUUCGAUCGAGUAUUACACUCAUUGAUGUAGCAAGUAACCGCUUCUGCUACAAUGAUGGCUACCAUACGUCUCAUCAUCUUCAUCCGCGCCGACAUUGGCGCGACCACCCUAUCGCGUUUCUUCGAGACAAGGACCGCUACUCUGCUGAACAUGCACUCGUGUUCCGCAACAUCGACUACAUCAUGAUCACGGUGAUGUUGUUCAGGAAGGACUAUAAGUAUCUGGCUAAAUGUUUGGUCCCAAUGGGGGAGCAGAUCGGGAUGAGUCUGGAUGAGAUUGCAUGUAUGCUGCAAAAGAAGACCCGACGGUUUAGCGAGGAUGACAUUCGACGCAAAUUUGGGAAAUUGGAAUAG